UGAGAAAGAGAGAGAGAAAGACAGAGAGAAAAAGAGUGGUGUUGCUCGUCGGACUAUCUUCUCCUCCACCCCCAUCUCCAUCUGCACAAUUUCUUCCCAAAAGCAGCAAAUUUCCCUCACUUUUCACCAUUUUCAGUUAUUAGGGGUUUGCCAAAGGAAGAAUUAAUCAAUGUCGAACAACAGGUGGAACUGGGAGGUGAGCGGUUUUGAGCCCAGGAAAUCUCCGACGGACCAACCACCGUCUGCUCCUGCUCCUGUUGUUCGGAGAUACUCGAUCUCUACUCCAUCAAUUCUACCACAUUCCGAACUCAUUUCUAAGCACUCUAUUGCGACCAAGCUUCAUAAUUUGAAGGAUAAAGUCAAGCAUGCAAGAGAAGAUUAUGCAGAAUUGAGACAAGAAGCCAUUGAUCUCCAGGAGUACUCUAAUGCAAAACUUGAUCGAGUAACACGAUAUCUAGGUGUUCUUGCUGAUAAGACCCGUAAGCUAGAUCAGGCUGCUCUUGAAGCUGAAGCUAAAGUUGCCCCACUUAUAAAUGAGAAGAAAAGGUUGUAUAAUGAAUUAUUGACUGCCAAAGGAAACAUAAAGGUCUUUUGUCGAACAAGACCACUUUUUGAGGAUGAAGGCCCAUCUGUUGUUGAAUAUCCUGAUGAUUUUACUAUACGAGUCAAUACUGGUGAUGACACUGUCUCCAACCCAAAGAAGGAUUAUGAAUUUGACAGGGUUUAUGGACCACAUGUUGGACAAGCUGAAGUUUUCACAGAUGUUCAACCAUUUGUUCAGUCCGCUUUGGAUGGUCAUAAUGUAUCAAUAUUUGCUUAUGGGCAAACAUGUUCAGGAAAGACACAUACGAUGGAAGGUUCUAGCCAUGAUCGUGGUUUAUAUGCCAGAUGCUUCGAAGAGUUGUUUGAUGUGUCCAACUCAGAUAUAACUUCAACUUCUCGAUUUAAUUUUUUCGUAACGGCUGUUGAGCUACAUAAUGAGCAGAUGAUCGAUUUGCUUUCUAAGUCAGAGAGUGGUCUACCAAAGGUCUGGAUGGGGCUACUUGAUUCUGUUAUAGAUCUUGUACAGGAGAAGGUUGACAAUCCACUAGAUUUCUCCAGAGUCGUAAAGAAGGCACUUCUAAGUAGAAGUGGUGACAAAACCAAGAUCAAUGUUUCUCAUUUGAUAAUCACCAUACAUAUAUAUUAUGACAAUUUGGUUACUGGCGAAAAUUUAUAUAGCAAGCUUUCUCUUGUUGACUUGGCUGGAAGUGAAAGCUUACGUUUGGAAGAUAAUAAUGGGGAGCAGACAACAGACAUGCUACAUGUGAUGAAAUCACUUUCUGCGUUGGGAGAUGUAUUAGCUUCCUUGACAUCGAAGAAAGAAGCUGUUCCUUAUGAGAACUCGAUGCUUACAAAAGCCCUUGCUGAUUCACUUGGUGGAAGCUCAAAAACCCUGCUCAUUGUCAAUAUAUGUCCAGAUGUUUCAAAUUUGUCCGAGACAUUGUCAUCUCUGAAUUUCUCUGCUAGAGCUCGAAACGCUGUACUUAGUCUUGGAAACCGGGAUACCAUUAAGAAGUGGAAAGAUGUUGCAAAUGAUGCUCGCAAGGAAUUUUAUGAGAAAGAAAAAGAAAGUCUUGAUCUGAAACAGGAGGUCGUGGGACUAAAACAAGCACUUAAAGGUGCAAAUGAUCAGUGUGUGCUACUAUUCAAUGAAGUUCAGAAGGCCUGGAAAGUUUCUUUCACACUGCAGUCAGAUUUAAAGUCAGAGAACAUUAUGCUUGCUGAAACCCAUAAGAUAGAGAAGGAUCAGAAUAUCGAUCUCAGAAAUCAAGUUGCUCAACUACUGCAGCAAGUGCAAGCCCAGAAGUUACAGUUACAGCAACGUGAUUCAACAAUUGAGUCUUUACAGGAAAAACUGCAAAGCGUCGAGGCACAGCUAUAUGCAGCCCUUCAGUCAAGUGAGAAUCAGUCCAAAAUCAGCUCAGAUUCAACAGGAGAAGGCACAGAAUCUGCGACUGUUACUAAAAAACUUGAAGAAGAACUCCUGAAACGUGAUGCGCUGAUUGAGAGGUUGCAUGAAGAAAAUGAGAAGCUUUUUGAGCGACUGACGGAGAAGGCAUCUUCAAUUGGAAGCCAGCAGACAUUAAUGGCACCUCCCAAAAAUCUAAAUCAGUCCCAUGACCAUGCAAGGAAUGACAGUAAUAAUAAAGAACGUACAAUGGAUGUUGUCCCUUUCUCUGCCGAAAAGAAUGAUGGUACUCUUGCUUUAGUUAAGCCAGGUAAUGAGAAGAUCAAAUCAACCCCGGCAGGGGAGUAUCUUACUUCUGCUCUGAAUGACUUUGACCUGGAACAAUAUGACGGUCUUGCUGCUAUUUCCGAUGGAGCAAACAAGCUACUAAUGCUGGUUUUGGCUGCGGUCAUUAAAGCCGGUGCUUCUCGAGAACAUGAAAUACUUGCUGAAAUAAGAGAUGCUGUUUUUUCAUUCAUCCGUAAAAUGGAGCCACAUAGAGUGAUGGACACCAUGCUUGUUUCCCGUGUUAGAAUUUUGUAUAUAAGAUCAUUGCUGGCUAGGUCACCUGAGCUGCAAUCUGUCAAGGUUCCUCUGGUUGAGAGAUUUUUAGAGAAACCUACCACUGGACGCAGCAGAAGCUCCAGCAGAGGCAGCAGCCCUGGAAGAUCUCCUGUGCGUUAUGAUCCCAGCAUUAAGAAUGCUCUAAUUGAUGAACAUAUGCAUGGUUUCAGAGUAAAUCUUAAGCCAGAAAAGAAGUCGAAAUUAUCCUCUGUUGUUCUGAAGAUACGCGGAAUUGAUCAGGAAUCUUGGAGACAACACGUUACGGGUGCUAAGCUCAGGGAAAUAACUGAUGACGCAAAAGCAUUUGCCACCGGGAACAAGGCUCUUGCUGCCCUUUUUGUUCAUACUCCUGCUGGAGAGCUGCAGCGUCAAAUCAGAUCUUGGCUUGCAAUGAGCUUUGACUUUCUUUCUGUGAGUGGCAUGGAUGCUGUAGGUGGGGUGACGGGUCAGUUGGAGCUUCUUUCUACCGCAAUAAUGGAUGGUUGGAUGGCUGGGCUUGGUGCUGCAAUGCCUCCCAUUACAGAUGCACUUGGACAACUGUUAGCAGAGUAUGCAAAGAGGGUUUAUAAUUCCCAACUGCAGCACCUCAAGGACAUUGCUGGAACAUUAGCAACUGAGGCGGCAGAAGACUCAUCACAAGUAGCAAAACUGCGUUCAGCUCUGGAAUCUGUUGAUCACAAGAGAAGAAAGAUUCUGCAGCAGAUGAAAGAUGAUGGUGCAUUAUUAACAUUAGAAGAUGGUGGUUCACCUAUCCGGAAUCCAUCUUCUGCAGCGGAGGAUGCCCGACUUGCAUCUUUAAUUGCUCUUGAUGGCAUUCUGAAGCAAAUCAAGGAUAUAAUGAGACAAUCUUCGGUUAAUAUAAUGAGUAGAAGUAAGAAGAAAGCAUUGGUGUCAUCAUUAGAUGGUCUUUCAGGACAAAUGUCUUCUCUGUUAGAGAUUGACCAUCCAUGUGCACAGAGACACAUUGCAGAUGCUUCCCGUGUUGUAGAGUCGAUUGUUGAAGAAGAUGAGGUAGUUUCAGCAGGCGGCGGCGGUGAAAGUGAAACUGAGGUGGCACAGUGGAACGUGUUGCAGUUUAAUACAGGAUCUACAACUCCUUUCAUCAUUAAAUGUGGAGCGAAUUCGCAUUCAGAGCUGGUGAUCAAAGCAGAUGAUCGGGUGCAAGAACCAAAAGGUGGGGGUGAGAUUGUGCGGGUGGUUCCAAGGCCUACGGUUUUAGAGAAGAUGAGUUUGGAGGAGAUAAAAGAGGUGUUUGGUAAACUACCAGAAGCGUUAAGCCUGCUUGCCCUGGCUCGAACCGCAGAUGGAACAAGGGCUCGAUACUCCAGAUUAUACAGGACCCUAGCCAUGAAGGUUCCAGCACUUAGGGAGGUUGUUGGUGAGCUCGAGAAAGGUGGUGGCCUUAAAGAUGUCGUCAAGUCCUAACUAACUCUUAUAUAACAUGUUUGUUUAUAUCCUUCUUCUCUACAGUCAAAGCAACUCAACUCAACGCUAUUAUGUGUGGUUUCAGAAAUCUCUCUCUUCUCAACAUGCAUUUCUUCUAGUCAUCGAUCCCUUUGGUUGUGACAAAACCCACGUCAAUCAAACUAUCGCUGUUAAAACAAGUGAGAUCUGAAUCAAAAGGACCGGUUACAUUUUG